UCUCUCUCUCUCUCUCCCCCUUAGCGUGUCUUGAAACGCUUAUCCUAGUCCGGUCUUACAUUGAGCUACCAAACUCUGACGCAACUUCUCACCUCCCACUCCCCCACUACCUUCUAUAUAUCAAAUAGGCUUCCCCUUCUUUGGCCCCCCACUUCUCAGUCCCAGCUCUCCAACCCAAAAGACCCUGAAAAGCCUUCCUCUCUUCUCUCCUUGUAUUCUCGAAUUCCAGAUCUCUCUUCUAGUUUAUUUUGGAUUUGCUCCGAUGGCCGUGGAUGCUGUCGAGACUGCAGCGGCGUCAGGACCUACUCCGGCCACGAGUGAGACGAGCUACGAGGAGUUUCCUCAUGUGGAAGGAUGGGCGAAAAGGAAGCGGUCCAAGCGCCACCACCGCUUCUUUGAUCACCCGCCGACCGAGGAGGAAUAUCUGGCUCUUUGCCUUCUCAUGCUCGCCCGUGGCGGAUCCGGUCACCGCGUUCCGCCGCUGAAUCCUGGCUCGGCGACUACUGCGACCGUGGCUGCUGCUCCGCCGAUGGGGAAGCUUGCGUAUAAAUGUUCGGUCUGUGGCAAGGCGUUUGCUUCUUUCCAGGCGCUCGGCGGGCACAAGGCCAGCCACCGAAAGCUCUCCGGGGGGGAGGAUUCAACCGCCUCGCCGGUGGUGUCGGCGUCUGGGUCGUCGACGGUGGCUGCCUCCGGCGGUGGGAGGGUCCACCAGUGCUCGGUGUGCCUGAAGACGUUCCCGUCCGGGCAGGCGCUCGGGGGACACAAGAGGUGCCACUAUGACGGAAACCUCGGCGGCAAGGUCGCAGGGGUGGCGUCGAUGUCGGAGGGGGCAGGGUCGAGCGACAAGGGGUUCGACCUGAACAUGCCGGCGGUGCCGGAGUUUGCCUUCGAUGCAGCAAGGCGGUGCGUGGCGGCCGAGGAGGAGGAGGUGCAGAGCCCUCUGGCCUUCAAGAAGCCUCGCCUCCUUAUCCCGGCUUAGAAGCCAUUACUUCCAGAAUCUAUUCAUUACAAUUAUUUGUACGUGUAUAGAGAAUUAUUCAUUCUUUGUAACUGGCGAGCUCAUUUUUUUUCAUUGUCUUUUCAUUGCUUGUUAGCUGGUUAAACAUUAGAAAUGGAUUUGUUUGAAAAUUCUUUGCUUAUGAA